UAUAGUUCAAUAUAUAUAUGUCAGGAAAAAAAACUCAAUUAACUAACAUAUAACCACUUGAUAGUUUCACUAUAUAAAGAGGAGAAGAAAGGAAGAGAUGAAUAGAGGAGAUAUGGAAGAAGUGAAGGAGAAGGGAAAGGUAUGUGUAACAGGAGGAAGUAGUUUUCUUAUAUCAUGGAUGCUUAUGAGACUUCUUCAAAUUGGUUACCAUGUUAACACCACAAUUAGGUCAUUGCUGGAUCGCAAGAAGGAUGUGAGCUACAUCACGAAUCUUCCAAGUGCUCAAGAAAGGUUGCAUAUUUCUAAUGUCGAUUUAAACAAACCAGAGGGUUUCAAUGCAGCAAUUGAUGGAUGCAUUGGAGUAUUUCAUGUUGCACAUCCAUUUGAUUUUGAGAACAAAGAAAGUGAAGAAAUAAUAACACAGAGAUCUAUCAAUGGUACUUUAGGUAUUUUACAAGCAUGUAUUAAUGCAAACACAGUUAAACGUGUUGUAUACACUUCUAGUUCAACUACGAUUAUGGUUGAGAAUUCAUCAGACAUAGUAGACGAAAACUCAUGGACAAACGUACACAUCGUAAGAGCUUUAAAGAAUUUUGCACGUUCUUAUACGAUUAGUAAGACAUUAACAGAAAAGGCAGCUCUGGAAUUUGUUGAAAAAAAUGGUAUCGAUCUUGUGACUGUAAUCCCAACUUGGAUACAUGGACCCUUUAUUACUCCUCCAAUUCCUGGCUCUGUUAGUUCAUCCAUGGAAAUGAUUCUCGGACAUCAAAAUCAAAACAUGAGUUACCCUCCAUAUGAACCUUAUGAACAUAUAGAUGAUGUGACAAAUGCUCACAUUUACCUUCUUGAAAAUCCUAAUGCAAAAGGAAGAUAUAUUUGUUCAGCUGUUGAAAUAACACGCGAAAAGCUAGUUGAGUAUCUGUUGACAAGAUAUCCUGAAUUUCGAAAACAAAUUAAUGAGUACACAUGGGCAAGUAGUAAUGAAGUUGAAUUCCCAAUAUUUUCAUCUAAAAAGCUUUUGGAGAGUGGAUUCAAGUACAAGCAUGGCCUUGAGGAAAUGUUUGAUGAAGCAAUUGAAUGUUGCAAGCAAAGAAGCUUACUCUAAUCCAUUUGUGACAUAUAAAAUGUUUCAUAUUAUAUGAAGCUUUUUUCUUUCCUUUUCUUUUUUUGUUCUCUGUUUCCAUGUACUCAUAGACCAAAAUAAAGGAAUUGACAUUUUGUGCUCUUAUAUUUGUUAAUGGUUCAAUGAGUAGGGUGGGGGGAGAGUACUUCUCGAGGUGUUGGGGGUCUCGAGAGGUAGAUCGGGAUGACAUCGAGGAAAAAAGUGAUGGAACGGACAAAUCUAAGAAAAGGUAGAGGUUAAGAGAAGUAAGGAUGAGAGGAGGAAAAGUGGAAAAGUAUAAAAUGGCAAAGAAGGAGGUAAAGUUAGUACUUAUAAUGCAUGUUGGGUUAGAGGAUAAUUAUGGGGAUAAAAAGUUGUACAAGCUAGACAGAGCGAGAGAAUGGAGGGCAUGUGACCUGGAUCAAGUUAACUUAAUAAAGGACAAGAAUGAAAAGGUUCUGGUGGAGGAGACACUCAUUGGACUGAGGUGACAAUUAUACUUCCAAAACUCCUUGAACGAAGAGGG